CAGUUGAAGAUAUGGAGAAAUUUUUGAUAAAUUUGAAAAGAAAAGCUCCAUCAUCACCUCCUCCAUCAUCACCUCCCCCAUCAUCAUCUCAGAGUGAUUUAGAUGAUCUAGAUAAUUUACCAUGGGAUCCUGCUGAUCGGAAAAGAAUAUCAGAAUAUAAUGCGAAUCAAAAGAAUGAGGUAAUCAUAAAAUAUUUGAUGAGAGGUCCUUGUCAACCUCGUGGUCAUAUUUUCAAACAAUCAAUGAAAGGAGGCGUGCUAAGACGCUUUAAUCCUGCUUGGUUUGAUCAGUUUCCAAAUUGGUUAGAAUACAGUGUGAAGAAAGAUGCAGCUUUUUGUCUAUAUUGUUACUUGUUCAGAGACAAUGCUGGUAAAGGUGGAAGAAAUGAUGCAUGGACCAUUGACGGUUUUUCUAGCUGGAAUAAAGCUAAAAAUAUUUCAGAGCAUGUAGGAGCUGUUAACAGUUUUCACAACAAUGCAGCAAUGAAGUGUGAAAACUUGAUGAAGCAAGGUCAGUCUAUCAAGCAUGCUUUUCAUAAACAAGAUGAUAUCACGAAAAAUGAGUAUCGCAUUCGAUUAAAUGCUUCUGUUGAUGCUUCAAGAUUCUUGUUGCGCCAAGGGUUACCUUUUCGUGGGCAUGAAGAGAAAGACGAAACUGCUAAUAAUGGUAACUUUGUUGAACUCUUGAAAUACACUGCCGAGCAAAAUGAAGAUGUGAGUAAGGUUGUUUUAAGAAAUGCUCCUGGAAACAAUCAGAUGACUUCUCCAAAGAUUCAGAAAGAUAUUGUCCAGUGUUUUGCAGAAGAGCUAAUCAAAAGCAUUAUUGAUGAAAUUGAUCAUGAUGUAUUUGGUUUGUUGGUGGAUGAGUCUGCUGAUGUUUCUUAUAAAGAACAAAUGGCAGUUGUGUUUCGGUAUGUGGACAAGAGUGGGAUAGUCAAAGAGAGAUUCAUAAGUCUUACUCAUGUAAGUGAUACAUCUUCAUCAUCUUUGAAAUCUGCAAUUGAUUCUUUGUUUGCUAAGUAUGGAUUAAGCAUUACAAAGGUGAGAGGGCAAGGUUAUGAUGGUGCAAGUAACAUGAAGGGUGAGUUCAAUGGGCUAAGGUCAUUAAUCUCAAAGGAAAACACAUCAGCAUAUUAUGUUCAUUGCUUUGCUCAUCAGCUUCAGUUAGUUGUUGUGGCAGUUGCCAAAAAGCAUUUUGAUGUUGGAAACUUCUUUGAUAUGAUUUCUCUGCUACUGAAUGUGGUGGGAGCUUCAUGUAAGAGGAAAGAUGCGUUCAGAGAGAAUCACAAAGAAACGAUUGAGAAAGAAGUUAAUGAUGGAGAACGCAAAACUGGAAAAGGGUUAAAUCAAGAUGUUUCUGUUCAAAGACCAGGGAUGGCUCGUUGGGGCUCUCACUAUAGAACUUUGCUGCGUGUGGUUGAGUGUUUUUCUUCUAUCGUUAAAGUGCUUGCAUGUGUUGAGAAGGAUGGCGCAGAUGACUCAAAAAGACGUCAAGCAUAUGGUCUCCUCAGUUAUGUGGAUAGCUUUGAUUUUGUGUUCUAUUUGCAAGUGAUGGUUCACCUUUUAGGAGUCACAAAUAGUUUUUCAUUGGCCCUUCAAAACAGAGAUCAAGAUAUUUUGAAUGCAAUGUCCUUAGUAGCAUCAACGAAAAGACAGUUGCAGAAGUUUAGAGAUGAUGGAUGGAAUGCUCUUAUGCUUAAAGUUUCUUCUUUCUCUAAGAAGCAUGGUAUUGAAGAGCUUGAUAUGAAGGAAGAUUUCCUUGACACAAGGAGGCGAAGGAAAAAAACAGGAGUGACAAAUGAACAUCACUAUAAGGUUAAUUGCUUAUAUGCAAUUUUGGAUUUGCAGCUUCAAGAAUUCAACGACCGCUUUAAUGAGGUGAACACUGAACUACUUAUUUGUGCUGCUUCAUUAUCUCCCAUCGAUUUGUUCUCUCAGUUUGACCAUUCAAAACUGAUGAGAUUAUCGACUUUCUACCCAUCUGACUUUAGUCAGGGAGAGUGCAUAUCUCUUGAUCAACAGUUAGAUGUCUAUAUUGAUAACAUUCGAAGUGAUGAAAGGUUUACUCAUUUAGAAGAUCUUGGAGAACUUGCUCGUACUUUGGUGGAAACACGGAAACAUUUGUCAUUCCCUUUGGUUUAUAGGCUUCUGAAGUUGAUUUUGAUUUUGCCGGUUGCCACUGCAACUGUUGAGAGAAGUUUUUCAGCCAUGAAGAUCGUGAAGACAGAUCGACGAAAUCGGAUUGGAGAUCAGUUUCUGAAUGAUUGCUUAAUUUGUUUUAUCGAGAAAGAUGUAUUUGAAAAAAUAACGAAUGUGACUGUGAUGAAAAGAUUUCAGGAUAUGAAAGAUCGCAGAGUGCUUUUAUAAAAUAUUUGUUUUGUCUUUUUGAAU